AUGUCCCUAGUCUACGAUGUCAAUACCAAACAAAUUCAACUACCUGAGGCUUCGGACGAUAUGGCCAUGAAUAUCGCCCAGAUCAACAAGCUUACCCAAGAUCUGAUCGCAGAGUCUAACCCAAACUUCACCCCAAAGCCUCGCGACGAUUCUACCGCUAUGAUUAAGAAACUCUUCGAAAAUGGUCUCAAGCAAACGAAGCAACAGCAUUUUCCAGAGGCUUUGAAGUCUAUAAGUCUUGCCAUCGAGAUGGCCCAGAGGAAGAGAACUCCAUGGGAAGCUUUUGCCAUACAAUUACAGGAGUUGCAGUUCAUGGUAAAAAAUCGCAUAGACCUCUGCCUCAUACAAGGGAAGUUCAUGGACGCAUUACAGGAUAUUGAACUACUGCAGAACACGGGUGUGAAUACCUCAGACGUUUUCAUUCGCAAAACAGACGCACUCAUCAAGUUAAAACAAUACGAGCUCGCAAAAGUCGAAUGUGAAAGGGGACUAAGUCUUGAUCCUACCAAUGUCAAGCUUAAAGCUCUUCUCUUGGAGAAUACCCGAAAGCUUGCAGAGUAUAAUGGCGAUAUUUGA